AGCUGUGAUCGCAAUCACACGCUCAUACGCACGCACAUAAACACAUGUUCAAAAAAAAAAAAAAGGAACAAAGCCCUUAAAUAGAUGCAGAUAUCAACACCCCCCCCCCAAGGAAACCAUGCUUAUUUUUACCAACUGGGAUGAUAGCUCAUGAAUGCAUAAUGCAAACAUGGCCUUGUUUUUAGUACAGAUACACAGUACGCUGUACUAAAGCCACCGCUCUGCUUCAAGAGAGGUUGUAGCUGUGCACAUACGUAGCAUCCUGUCUUUUCACCAGCAACACAUUGCUCCAUGAAAAUACAUCCCAAAAGAUGUUGUUCAGUCUGUUCAUGUUCUUGUUGCUUUUUUAGCCCAAAGCCUUGAAACUGCUGGGGAUGGAGGAUGACAUGCCGAUCCGUAGGGGCCGCCAGAAAACCACGCGCAAACGAGAGGAGGAGGUGGACAUCGAUUUGGACGAUCCCGAAAUCAACCACUUCCCUUUCCCCUUCCACGAGCUGAUGGUGUGGGCCGUGCUGAUGAAGCGGCAGAAGAUGGCGCUCUUCUUUUGGCAACACGGCGAAGAGGCCAUGGCCAAAGCCUUGGUGGCGUGCAAACUGUGUAAGGCCAUGGCCCACGAGGCUUCCGAGAACGACAUGGUGGACGACAUCUCGCAGGAGCUCAACCACAACUCCAGAGAGUUUGCCCAGCUGGCUGUGGAACUUCUGGACCAGUCCUAUAAACAGGACGAGCAGAUGGCCAUGAAGCUCCUGACGUAUGAGCUGAAGAACUGGAGCAACGCCACCUGCCUGCAGCUGGCGGUAGCGGCCAAGCAUCGCGAUUUCAUCGCCCACACUUGCAGUCAGAUGUUGCUGACCGACAUGUGGAUGGGACGUCUGCGCAUGCGGAAGAACUCGGGACUCAAGGUCAUCUUGGGCCUGCUCCUGCCGCCGUCUAUCCUGAGCCUGGAGUUCAAGAACAAAGACGAGAUGUCGUACAUGCCCCAGGACCAGGAGACCUACUUACAGGAAAAGGAGGAAGAAGAGCCCGAGAAGCCCGUCAAGGAGAAGGAGGAAGAAGACAUGGAGUUCACAGUAAGAUCUUACUGUGAGGCGCAGUACAACUCCGUGGCGAUGUUGGGGAAGGUAGCCACGGAGACGUCCAGAAAGAAGGACGUCGAGGAGGUUCAGAAACGUCACCGCCUCAUCCCCAUGGGACGCAAGAUCUACGAGUUUUAUAACGCUCCCAUCGUCAAGUUCUGGUUCCAUACGAUGGCCUACGUGGGCUACCUGAUGUUAUUCAACUACAUUGUCCUGGUAAAGAUGGAUCUACAGCCUUCGCCGCAAGAGUGGAUCGUCAUCGCUUACAUCUUCACUAACGGCAUUGAGAAGAUGAGAGAGAUCCUUAUGUCAGAGCCAGGGAAGUUGUUACAAAAGGUCAAGGUGUGGCUUCAGGAGUAUUGGAACAUCACAGACCUCAUGGCCAUCCUGAUAUUUUCUGUCGGCAUGGUUCUGCGUCUCCAGGAGCCCCCGCUCAUGAACUAUGGACGGGUCAUCUAUUGCGUCAACAUCAUCUACUGGUACAUCCGGCUGCUCGACAUCUUUGGUGUCAACAAGUACCUGGGUCCCUAUGUGAUGAUGAUUGGCAAGAUGAUGAUCGACAUGAUGUACUUUGUGAUCAUCAUGUUGGUGGUGCUCAUGAGCUUUGGGGUGGCACGGCAGGCCAUCCUCAACCCCAACGAAGACCCCUCUUGGAUGCUGGCACGCAACAUCUUCUUCAUGCCAUACUGGAUGAUCUAUGGCGAGGUGUUUGCUGACCAGAUUGACCCUCCCUGUGGGCAGAACAUCACCAGCGAGGGCGGAGUGGUGGUCACUCUGCCUCCAUGUAAGACGGGCGCCUGGAUUGUCCCGGCCAUCAUGGCCUGCUACCUGCUGGUGGCCAACAUACUGCUGGUCAAUCUCCUCAUCGCUGUGUUCAACAACACCUUCUUCGAGGUGAAGUCCAUCUCCAACCAAGUUUGGAAGUUCCAGCGCUACCAGCUCAUCAUGACCUUCCACGAGCGUCCGGUGCUUCCUCCGCCGCUCAUCAUCUUCAGUCACAUUACUAUGGUGCUCAAGCACCUGUGUUGUCGCUGGCGCAAGCACGAUGACGACGAGAGGGACUAUGGACUGAAGCUUUUCAUCACAGAGGACGAGCUGAAGAAGGUCCACGACUUUGAAGAGCAGUGCAUCGAAGAGUACUUCAGAGAGAAGGAUGACCGAUUCCACUCGUCCAAUGACGAAAGGAUCAGAGGCACCUCGGAAAGGGUGGAGAACAUGGCCAUGCGUCUCGAGGAAGUGAACGAGAGGGAGCACUUUAUGAAGGCCUCGCUGCAGACCGUCGACGUCCGCCUAGCGCAAAUGGAGGAACUGAUCGGGCGAAUCGCCGUGGCCCUGGAGCGAGUGACGGGCGUGGAACGCGGGGAAGUCAACAAAGUUCGAUCGAGGACCUCGUCUGACUGCACCGACUCGGCGUACAUCCUCCGCCAAGGGGAGUGCGCGGACGCCGCCUACAUUCUUCGCCAAAGCAGCUUCAACAGUACCGAGGGGAACACGUACCGCCUUCAGGAAGCGCUGGAGUGCACCGCCGAGGGCUCCAUGUCGCCUCCUUCUCCGACCGGCGGAGCGCCACGAACGAGAAGCCAUUCCUUUUACGUGGGAGGCGGUCGCGGCGGCGAACGCGCCACUGCCGCCGAACGAGCCGACAGCUUCUUCAAAGAGCGCUCGCUCAGUCUCCAUCGAGCCAACAGCUCGCAGUCUGUGUCGUCGUCCGCCGCCACCAAAGAGUCUAAGCCCCUCCCUCUGGCCACGCUGUCAGUCUCCCAGCAGCACCGUCCGUCAUCGUGCAUCGAUAUCUACGUCUCGACUUCCGAGGAGGCGGCACCCGCCGAGGUUUUUCUUGAAUCUCUGCGUGUGGUCCCGCCCCUCCAGAGAGGGGCGUCGCUGCAGUCCGACAUCGUGGAGGCGGUGCUGCCGGGAGGCCGGGACUUGAGCAGCGCCACCACCAGCGGCUUGGGCGACAGGCACUCGGAAGGCGGCGCGGCCAGCAGCGGGACGGCCGGCGCCGUUUUUGACGACAGCGCGGCGGCCGAUCUGUCCUUGUGCUCGGCCCACCUGUUACCGGACAUUGGGCUCCCCGCUUGGGACGCGGACCCGUCGCCGCCCCUCUCGGCCGGCCCCCUGGAGCGCUCCAAGAGCAGCCGGCUCCUCUCCGCGGUGGGCACCUCCUUCCUGGAAGAGCCUACUUUGGUCAAGUCCCACAGCCUGAUGUUCACGGCGAGGAGCUGCUACGGCGGACUGGGUGCGGGCGUCCAGGUCAAAGCUGCAGAGUACACCAGCAUCACCGACUGCAUCGACACCCGCUGCGUCUCCUCGCCGUACACCCCCAUCGACCGCUCGCAUUCCCCCGGGGGCUCCACGUCUUUCACUUUUGAUAAGCCCUCGGACAUGGGCUCCUCUCACCCAGAGAGAGAGGCCGAGCUCAGUCACACGGAGUCCGAUCCGGAGGACCUCGAAGAGCUCGUUCCGGCCCCGGACACCCCUCAUCCGGGGACCCUGGGCAGACCCGGCGGGGCCCCUCUCUGCCCACCCUUCUCCAGGCUGGAGCGAGCAAACAGCUGCUCUUCAGACGACUCCCAUCCUUCGCUCACGCUGGCCCCUCCGCACAGGAAGAGCCUGUCGGUGAGUGAGAGGAUGGAGAGGGGACCGGGUCCGGGGGCAGACAGGGGACCUGGGCCCGGGGGGCGGGGUCUGGCGGGAACCAGAAACCCCUUCCUCAGGAGCAAGUCCGGGGCACGGCCUGACGCGGCCAAGACUGACAGCCUCUCCAUGAGGAAGCUGGCCGCUCCAUCAGCGUUCCGCAGCUUCGAUAGACAGAACUACACGUGACAAGACACGCGUCGCGGGCACACAUCGCACACACUGAAAGGAAGAAGGGAAAGCAUGAAAACCGGAUCACCUUACCCCUAGAUUUCUACCUGGACCAGAUCUGCAGUGCAUUUGGGAUCAGCACCUGGAGUGUGUGAGCGGGUUCUGUCCACCUGUCAAAAAACCAAGCGCUAUAAAUUGAGCAUAGCUUUCACUCACUUCAUCUUGUAGCUAACUUAACUCUCAGUGGAAGCUGUGUUUGUGCUGUACGUCUUCCACCCGCUAGCUCGACAUCAUCUUUUUGUCUCAGUCGCGUCACGGAAACAAAACAUCAGAACCACAAAGGUGAGAUAAGGACAUUGAAAACAACACAAACCGUAGCAUAAUGUUGCCUCAACAAAUCAUUACAGAAUCAAGCGGCGCGACAUUGUUGUCACGGCAACCACCAACUUGACUUCUCCUGUUUAGGCCACUGGAAGAUUAGGAACGGGACAUUUUGUGGGAAUCAAGCCCACGUCAGCUCCACAAACCGCAACGCCGCCAGUGGCUCCUCGCCCAGCUUUCCAGAAAACGAGCUUGUUUCUGUCAUUUCAAGCAGGCAAAAGCUUCAUGCCAUCCGUCAGAGUGAUAAGACAGCAAAAAAAAAAAAAAAACAUGCUCGUGCUACUAUCGGCUGAUUUUGAAAGGCGGUGUGUAAACGGAAGGGCGACAUGACGUUGCUCCAUACGCUGACUCAGCUUCUUUCCACCUGCAACCAAAAUGGCAUCUACCCAAAGAAUGGUUGUUUCUCGUUUCA